AUGUGGGCUGAGCAUCAUUUGCCGCCGGUCCAAAUAAGUCCGUUUGAUGGUAGUGCUAUAAAUUGGCCUAAUUUCAUUGAAUUGUUUUAUGAAAAUGUGCAUUCACGGUUGGACGACGAUGGUCAACGCAUGGUGAGAUUGUCCUCAUAUUUGUCGGGUUCGGCGAAGCGUCGCGUUGAGGGAUUAGGUACCGCCGGCAGUCAUUACAUACUGGUUUUGAAAGAAUUGAAACGCCGCUACGGACAGUCUGUAUUUAUUGCACGGGCCGUGCUUGACCGUGUUGUGAACGGUAAGCAUAUUUCGCCUCUCUCGGCCGAUAGAUUACUUAAUUUUCACUCAGACGUUCGUGACUGCGUGGUGAAUCUAAAAAAGAUGUGUUUUUUGGCUGACAUCAGUAGUGUCGAGAAUGUAAGGAGAGUUUCAAACAGGAUUCCUCAAGAACUGAAUUCGAGUUGGAAUAAAUUUGUUGUGGGUUUUAUUCACGAGAACUCUAAUCCGACAUUAAUAGACUUUGAGCAAUGGUUGUGGGAAAGAACUGAGGGAAUCGCCAAUCCUUUUUCUCCUGAUGUUACUUGCAAUGUCACCAAUAGAGUUGACAAUGAGAGGCCCAAAACCGGUCGUCGCCAGUUAAUUACGUCACCAUUUUCAACGUUAACAAAUUCGGAAUCCGUUAAUGCCUCAUGCAGUGACGCACUACGUUGUCAAUUCUGCAAUGCUGGCCAUUCUUUAAGAAGUUGUGAUGUGUUUUACGGUGCAACCGAUGACGUAAAACGUAAUUUUGUUGUAGAGUACAGACUUUGCUUUAAAUGUCUUGAACCGGGCCAUCGUGCAUUUAUGUGUAGAUGUGAUGUCAAGUGUAGUAUAUGCAGUGGGAAACAUCAUAAAUGUAUUCAUGGAAUUCGCAUGUUUGAAAGCGUCCCAAGACCAACAAACCGACAGGGUGUAAACAAUGCGAUGUCGGUAACCACUAGGGUUCAAUUUCAGUUGCUACCUGUAUUGGUUAGAGGAGCUAAUGGACGCUCCGAAUAUACCGUUGCUUUGCUCGAUUCGGCAAGUCAGGUUUCUCUCAUUCAUCCUAAACUUAAAACUAAAUUGGAUUUGCGUGGAUGUCGUAAAAAGCUUAUGUUACAACCCCUGGCGGGAACUGGGAUUUCAUAUGAUUCAGAAGCGGUUGGAUGUUUUGUACGUGACAAAUUAAAUCCCGAUGGCAAAGAACUAGCUCUAAAAUCAGUUUUCGUAUGUGACAAUAGAAUUCCCCACCCUGAAAGACGUCAAACGGAUUUUGAAACUUUCCAUCAUUUACGCGGAAUACCACUCCCUGAUAUUAAAGAAAACGAAGUUAUGUUGCUCAUAGGUGCGGACCAUCCGUUUGCCCACUUUCAACUAGAAAGACGUGUAGGGGGGGAUAACGAGCCUAUUGCUAUUAGAACGCCACUUGGGUGGACUUUGCUAGGUGCAAACAAACGCGCUGGUGAAGUCGACCUAAUUCAGGCCAACUGUCAUUUAUUACACGACGAUUACAAUAUCUUGCAAGAACAAGUUAAGCAGUUUUGGAGUACGGACGCGAUAGGAAUGGUUUACAACAUGAAGCGAGCCGAAUCAGUGGAAGAUCGCGUGGCUGCGGAUAUGAUUAGAGCUAAAACGUCCAUUGUUGAUGGGCAUUAUCAAGUUGGCUUUUUGUGGCGUCACGAUGCUUCCAUUAUGCCGGAGAACACUCUUAUUGCCCGCACUAGAUUUAAAAAUCUGAAAUAUCGACUUUUGAAAAAUGACUGCCUGAGAGACAUGUACUGCACGUCUAUGAGGAAAAAUAUCGAACGUGGCUGGGUGCGAAAACUGACCGAUAAAGAACGGGAUACUUUGGGUCCUCGAACCUGGUAUCUGCCCCAUCAUGGAGUUCAGAAUCCGAAUAAACCCGGCAAGAUAAGAAUAGUUUUUGACGCCACUGCUACAUAUUGUGGAAUUAGUUUAAAUAAUCAGAUAUAUUCGGGACCUGAUCUUAUUAAUAAUUUAAUUGGUGUUUUACUGCGAUUCAGAGAAAGACCCGUUGCAUUGAACGCUGAUAUUGAAGCCAUGUAUCAUAUGGUGCGUCUACCGCAGUCAGACACCGAUUCAGUUAGAUUUUUCUGGCAAGAAGAUCUAAGAUCAACAUACCCACCUGAUGUAUAUCAGUUUUUAGUAAGGAUUUUUGGUGCGGUCGACUCGCCAUAUGUUGCAAAUUACUGCCUUAAACAAACCGCGCUUGAUAAUACCAGCCAAUUUUCAACGGAAGCAGUAGAAACUGUUCUCAGGGAUUUUUACGUAGAUGAUCUGCUUUCAUCAAAAUGGAAUGAUGACUCCGCUUUUUCCGUCGCACAAGAAGUUUCUAAUAUGUUUAGCAAGUAG